CCGUUCUUCGCCGGGACACACUCUGCGUGUCUGCGCGGCCGACUUGGGGGAACCGAUUUAGGAACAACUUCAUUUUCACCAUGUCGCGCCUAGUUGCCUUGUUGCUCCUCGCUUUGCCUGCGAUUGCCCCUCAACAAUCUGCGGAGCCACCGCUGGAGCCCUACGACCAGCUCUAUGAUCGUGGGGUAGAGGCGUACUACCGGGGCGACUGGAAGUCCGUCAUUCUGAACAUCGAGCGGGCGCUGCGAAAUAAAGGGGCAAUCCGCCGGGCAAGAGCGGAAUGCCGUCUCAGCUGCGCCAACCGCACUCAAUUCGGGGAGCCACUGCCGGACUUUGGUGUGCCUCUGCCUGGCCAGGGGCCGGUUCACGAUCUGGCCUUUUUCGAUAAAAUCCUCCGAAGGGCCGACUGUUUGCAAAAUUGUGAGUCGGGGAAACUUGGAGCAGUGUCGAUGCAUAAAGUGAGCGAAGAGACUGAACUGGAAUUCCAGAAGAGGAGUCCGUACAACUACCUACAAGUGGCAUAUUUCAAGAUCGAUAAGCUUGACAAAGCUGUGGCGGCAGCACACACCUUCUUUGUGGCAAACCCCACACACAUGGAAAUGAAGCAGAACCUGGAAUACUACAGGAUGAUGGCCGGCGUGCAGGAGGCGGACUUCAAGGAUCUGGAGGCAAAAGCACACAUGGAAGCAUUCAAGGAAGGCGUGUCAUUUUACACAAAUGAUCAAUUUCAGGAGGCAAUUCCUCACUUGGAGGCAGCAGUAGAGGAGUAUUUCAGUGCAGACCAGGAGUGCCGCUCCUUAUGUGAGGGGGCCUAUGACUAUGAUGGUUACAAUUACUUGGAGUACAAUGCUGACCUCUUUCAGGCCAUAACAGAUCACUACACGCAAGUGCUAAACUGCAAACAGAACUGCGCUGUGGAGCUUGCCAGCAGGCCUGCCCAAGAAAAACCCAUCGAGGACUUUCUGCCUGGUCACUUCAAUUAUCUGCAGUUUGCCUACUACAACAGUGAAAACUAUGAGAAGGCGAUCGAGAACGCCAAGACAUAUCUUCUGUUCCACCCCAGAGAUGAAGUGAUGAAUCAGAACCUGGCUUACUAUUCAGCUGUGCUAGGGGAGGAGAUUGCUGCCAACAUUUCGGCCAGAAAGAAUGUUGAGAUGUAUAUUCGACAGUCUCUCUUGGAGAAAGAACUUUUGUUCUAUGCAUAUGAAGUCUUCGGCAUCACAUUUGUUGAUCCAGACACAUGGACCCCUGAAGAAAUAAUGCCACAGAGACUUAGAGAAAAACAAAAGGCAGAGAGGGAGACGGCUGCAAGGAUCACAGAGGAAAUAGGCAACCUGAUGAAGGAGAUCGAGACCCUGGUGGAAGAGAAGAGCAAAGAGUCUUCAGAAAUGACCAAGCUCAUCCGGGAAGGAGGAAGCAUACUGUUUGACAACAUUGUCAUCACAAACACCUCCAAGACACUCAAUGGGUCUCAGAGAGUGGUGCUGGAUAAUGUGGUAACAGAAGAUGAAUGCCGAGAGCUCCACCAACUGUCCAACGCAACUGCUUUAAGGGGGGAUGGCUACAGGGGCAAACCAUCCCCUCACACACCCAGUGAGAGCUUCCAGGGUGUCACUGUCCUCAAAGCCCUAAAGCUUGCUCAGGAGGGUAAAGUACCCAUGAAAAGUGCCCAGAUGUACUUUGACAUUAGCGAGAAGGUCCGAAAGGUCGUGGAGUCCUACUUCCGCCUGGAGACACCACUUUAUUUCUCUUACACGCACCUUGUGUGCCGAUCAGCUAUAGCAGAGAAGCAGGAGGGAAGGGAGGACCUCAGCCAUCCAGUGCAUGUGGACAACUGCAUGCUGCAGUCGGAAGCCCUAGAGUGCAUUAAGGAGCCUCCUGCCUAUACCCACAGGGACUACAGUGCUAUUCUUUACCUGAAUAAUGAAUUUGAGGGAGGAGAAUUCAUCUUUACGGAGCUGGAUGCCAAAACUAUAACUGCUGAAGUUUCUCCCAAAUGUGGACGGGUUGUGAGCUUUGGAGCAGGGAAGGAGAACCCUCAUGGAGUGAAGGCAGUUACUAAAGGACAGCGGUGUGCCGUGGCAAUCUGGUUCACACUGGACCCCCGACACAAAGAAAAGGACAGAAUCCAGGCAGAGGAGUUGCUCACCAUGCUUUUUAGUCCAGUGGAUGCUGAAUUUCAGGGAACUGAAAAAGAGGGCACGAGCUCUGUUGAGGAAUCAAAAGAUGAAAUCCCUAAACCAGAUGGACCUGGCAACACCUCACAUAUGGAGACAGAGAAUCAGGCACAGGGACCAGACAGUCCGGACUCGAAGGUAGCAGCAAAUUCACCCCUGGACUCAGAAAAUGGAAAGGAUGAAUUGUAAUGCACACAACUACAUUCUUUUGCACAAGAUUAAAAAUUUCAAUUUUGUUAUAUUUUUUAUUGAUGUGGGCUAAUAAAAUAUUUUGUGGGGUAA